GAAUCCAGAGCCAUCACCUUUCCUCUCCACCACUACGCCUUUCUUUUGCCUUUUCCUCUUCCUUUUCGUCCUCAGUCCUGACUCCUGAGCGAGCCAGUCCUGACCCACGCAAGCUCCAAUCCGGACUCACAGCCGUGCCGUAGAGCUGCCGCCGUGCUCACCACCGAAGCCCAACCCCUCCGCUUCCCACUCCCGAUCCAGCGCCCACUCCAACCUCAGCCGUCGCCUCCGCCUGCGAGCCCACGCCCACCUCUCCCACGGCGCCGCCUUGCCUUGGCCUCGCCCCCGCGGAGAGGAGAGCACGGCCAGCCAACCUCCCCGAGCGUCCGGAUCGAGUCCCAUCCUCCCCCGACAGCGGCCCCCGUCCGGAUCAAGCAACUGGUCUUGGUGACGGGCGGCGACGGGAGGCAAGCUGCAGAAGAGGGAAACCGGGAAGGAAGAGGUUUUCAUAGGUUCAGCUGUUCUACCAGAAUAAUAUGCUCGGAUGAUUGCAGAGGGGAAACUUGCUAGAUGUAGAUUCUGAAGUCCGGCCUUUGUACCCUGUACACCUCGAUCAUGGCACCACGCAAUAGAUCUUCAUCUAGAAGGCCUCUCUGGAUCGUCGUAUUGAUUGCUCUUGUCUGUGCAAUAGUUACUGCAGCUUAUCUUUAUAAACCCCAGCAUUACACGGCUUGUUACCUGUCAAAUUCCUGUAGUUCCAAGCCUCCUCCAGAACCUGCAAGGGUAUACACUGAUGACGAGAUAGCUGCUCGGGUUGUAAUAAGAGACAUUAUUCGGGCGCAGCCAGUUCAGUCAAAGAAUCCAAAAAUUGCUUUCAUGUUCUUGACUCCCAGUUCACUGCCUUUUGAGAAGCUUUGGGAAAAGUUCUUCAUGGGACAUGAAGACAGAUACACGAUAUACGUACAUGCUUCAAGAGAAAGGCCAGUUCAUACAAGUCCAAUAUUCGCUGACAGGGAUAUUCGCAGUGAAAAGGUCGCCUGGGGUACAGUUUCUAUGAUUGAUGCAGAGAGGAGGCUCUUGGCAAAUGCACUGCAAGAUCCUGAUAACCAGCAUUUUGUCUUGCUCUCUGAGAGUUGUGUACCCCUGCAUAACUUCGAUUAUGUAUAUAGUUAUCUCAUGGAGACGAACAUCAGUUUUGUUGACUGUUUCGAUGAUCCAGGUCCACAUGGAGCAGGUAGAUACUCUGAGCAUAUGUUACCUGAGAUUGUCAAGAAAGAUUGGAGAAAAGGUGCACAGUGGUUCACAGUGAAACGGCAGCAUGCAGUUCUUAUUCUCGCUGACACUCUUUACUAUGGAAAGUUCAAACGCUACUGUAAGCCUGGAAAUGAAUGGCAUAACUGCUAUUCUGAUGAGCACUAUUUGUCAACCCUAUUUAACAUGGUUGAUCCAACUGGAAUUGCAAAUUGGUCGGUGACUCGCGUUGAUUGGUCCGAAGGGAAAUGGCAUCCUAAAGCUUAUAGGGCUGUUGACACAAGUUUUGAGCUGCUUAAGAAUAUAGCUUCCAUUGACGAGAGUAUUCAUGUGACCAGCAACGCGAAGCAUCAAGUGCAGAGAAGACCGUGCAUGUGGAACGGCAUGAAGAGGCCUUGCUACCUCUUCGCGCGGAAAUUUUAUCCGGAGGCGCUCGACAAUCUGAUGAACAUUUUCUCGAACUUCACCGUUAUCUGAGGGAUGGAGGAGGCCUAACAGGGUAGUCUCUGUUCUUGCCCCUCAUUCUCGCCCACCGUGGCUCUAGCCUUGAUGUAUUGUACCUGGAGUUAGAAUCUAGUCCUGAUUCAGAGCGUUCUCAGACGGCACCUGACCUGUGCUGCUCUCUGAACCGAAUAUCUGGAUGGUUUAGCGUAUGUUUUACCUCUCGGAAUGGCAGAUUUUGAUAGUGUAGAAAAGUGAAAAAAAUAUCUGGAUCGUUCCUGACUAGUUGUAGCACUGCGGCAGACCAAUGCUGACUGAUUAUUUUGUGUCCU